GUGGUCCGUGACGUUUAGAUUGACAACAACCACAACAUGAAAUUAUGUAUUGUUUAAUAAUUGAUUAUUUAUUGAUAUAAAACUUGCAUUCCAAAACAAUGAACGUAAAACAGUCAUGAAUGACAGUGACUCUAGCUCUAACGAUAGCUCAGUGGAGGAAAUUGAUAUUAAACCAGUGAGACCAGCACCAAGAUCUCGGGCCAGGCCAAGGCAGAACCACGAGAAUCAUGGGGUCAGCCCAGCUAGGUCGCUGAGCCCUAACUCAGUGUUGAAUUGCAGCGGAGAUACAGCUGCAAUAAAGCGUUGCAUUGAUAACUACAGCUCUGUAAACAGCAGUGGGUCCCAAUUUCCCUCAGUGGUGCCGCUAAACGUUGGUGGAAUUAGAUAUGUCACAAGACUGUCAACGUUAAAGAAGUACCCAGACUCGAUGCUGUCGGCUUUAUUCAGUGGGAGAUACCAAGUGGACAAAGAUGUUGAUGGCAAUUAUUUCCUAGACUCAAAUGGAAUUCUUUUUGGAUAUUUGUUAGAAUUUCUUAGGAAUGGACUUCUACCACCGAGAGAGCAGUCAGUGCCGCUGUACAGGGAGGCAAGUUACUACGGACUUCAUGAACUUGUUGAGAAACUGACCUACAUGCCGCCAGUGGUCUCCCUUUGUGUCCGAGAAGCCCAUAAGUCUCAAUUUCCAAAUUACGAGGAGAUUAAAGAAAAUGUGAUAAAAAUAGCAAUGGAAAAUGCAACAUUCACUAAAAUGGGAGAAGUUAUUAUUUACGCUUUCAAGACAGAAUUUGUUGCCAAAGUGAACACGUUUAAUCCAAAUCAUGGAUGUAUAGUGGAGUCAGCUCAUAUCAAAUGUGGACCAUGGGAUGCCCCAGUAGAUGAGGAAGUGUUCAUAAAGUGUUUAGAAAAUGACCUUAUUGAUGAUGGUUUCAAUGUGAAACCACACGAGGUGAAGAAAAAAUGCCGCUAUUAUCACGGUCAAAGCUGUCAAAAGUUUGUGUAUCGAUUAACUUUGAUGCUUUGAACUGAAAGCAAUGAACAGUCUUUAGUCAGUUUUAGUUUACAUGAAUAUUAAAAAUGGGGUGGGGAGAAUGUCCAAACAGAGGUUUUGUUACAUAUAUUUAUUAAAUUACCUGUUUGUGGGAUAUGCAAUACUUUAAUCUGUUUAAAUCUGCUGUCACCCACACACAGUUGUUUGUAAUUUAUUCUGGAAGUAUCUCAUCAUCCUAUAUGUUUAAGGUGAUUAAAUAGGCUUUGGUGUGAAGUUUGCAGUUACCAUGACUGAGAUUAGCCGUUGGCAUGACCUAACACUUGUAGUAACAGUCAGUUGUCUUAGUAACAGUUGUCCUACCUGAAUUGAGACAGAUAU